AUGUUAGCCUACGUGGUUUGUCUAGCUGUAUUUACACAGAUUGUUGUCCCUACUCUUUCUCAACAAGACUCGUUUUGCGCCGAAGGAAGCAAUUGGUACUUUUAUUUAGACAAACUGACCUGGAAUGAUUCACGUGAAUUUUGCCUUGAGCUGGGUGAAUCAUAUCAACUUGCCAUAUUGGACACGAAAGCCAAAGACAAAGCCGUUCGACAGCGGAUUUUACGCGAUCCUACAUUGAAGAAAGCACCAGGCAAUGGUUACUGGAUGGGAUGUGAAGAUCUGGGAUGCGAAGGUCAUUUUCAUUGGCUCGAAGGAGAUGCCAUUGAACACCUCGCGUAUUCUAAUUGGUACCAAGACCCAAGAGGCAUGUACAAUCAGCCCAACGAUAAUCACCAGUUAGAUGAGACUGGGCAGGAUUGUUGUCAACUGUGGAAAGAACCACGAAAGAAACCGGUCUUUGCCUGGGAUGAUGACUAUUGCUGGAGAAAGAAGGGUUACGUCUGUGAAGAAGUUUUGGGCGAGGAUUGCCCAGCACCUGAGUAAAAUUGUACAGAAUUUGAAUAAAAUGGAUACCUAGUUUGAACUG